GGAGCCUGUGUUUGACUCAAAACAUUGGAGGUAUUUAUAGGUUUUUGACAGCAUGACAACUACUUGUUAUUGUUUACAUUCAAAUCCAUGAUUUAUUCUUACAUGAUGUAAUGGUGUUCUAUAUUUUGUGACUUCAUUUUUACUUCUCUCUUUGAAUCUGUAUUAAUUCUAAUUAACACUACUUUAUAUAAACUUAUUGCUGACUCUGAGGAUCAGUCUAGAUUUGGCCUCCCACAACUUUUGAAUGAAUUUUGUUUAUUUAUUUAUUUAAAUGUUAUAUAUUUAUUGAAGUUAAUUAGUUCAUUCUUUUCUGUUGAGUCCCAUUGGCAUAAUCGUGUUCAGUCUAUUUAUCCAUUUACUUGCUUCUAUUCUUCUAUAUGUUGCAUUGCCCCUUUGAUUACUGUGUUGUGGAUGUAUUUUCAAAUCGCACAACGCAACCUGUUACAUGGAAAUAAGACAAUUGUAUGUUACUAUGGAAAGCGACCAAUCACAAAAUUAUUACUGUCUACUUCCAUUCGAAAUUUAUGUAAGUUAUAAAUUUGACUUCAGUUAUUAAUCUCACGUCUCCUAUAGAAUCGCUGUCGAUGACCGCAGAAUAAGUUACUGUAUUUCCUGCAGUGGGGGUGUUCACUGUGAAGAACGUAUUGUCCCAGCAGCUGAAUCCCGUGUCAUGCCAUGGACAGUGUGAAGAUAGAAUGUGUCUCAAUUAAAGAGGAGUUCCCUGAACGUGAACUUGUCCCCAUUAGAGUGGAGUUCUCUGGGCUGGCUUCCCUUCCCAUUAAACAGGAGCUCUGUGAAAUGCAAUGUGACAGCAGUCAGCCAGAGGUCUCUGAGAUUAAAGAUGAGCACAAUGAAUUGGAGAUCCCCCAGACAGAAGAACUGCUUCCUGUUAAACAAGAAGAGGUGCUGGGAAUUAAACAGGAGGCCCCUGAAGUAGAGUUUGACCACAUGGACCCAGGGAAGGAAGAAUCGGAUGACUUCAAACCAAACAUCCCUGAGCUGGAGCCUGUACGCCUGCGGGAGUGUAGCGUGGUGCUUGAGAGAAUCUGCGUGAGACAGCAAGGAGGUGGAAAGGAAGACGGACAGUCUUAUUCGGAAUGCAGUCUAGCAGGUUCCAGUCCAGCAGCUAAAGCGAGGGCGUGCGGUGUAGACUAUCCUGACUGUGGGAAAGGUUUCAGCCAGUUACGAGCCCUGAAAGCACACCAGCGAAUUCACAUAGGACAGAAACCGUAUUGCUGCUCUGACUGUGGGAUGAGAUGCAGUCAAUUGGGAAACCUGAAAACACACCAGCGAAUUCACACAGGAGAGAAACCGUAUCACUGCUCUGACUGUGGGAAGAGUUGCAGUCGUUCAGAACACCUGAAAACACACCAGAGAAUUCACACAGGAAAUAAACCUUACUGCUGCUCUCAUUGUGGGAAGAGUUUCAGUCAAUUGGGAAACCUGAAAGCUCACCAGCGAAUUCACACAGGAGAGAAACCGUAUCACUGCUCUGACUGUGGGAAGAGUUUCAGACGGUCAGAAAACUUGAAAAAACACCAGAGAAUUCACACAGGAAAGAAACCAUAUUGCUGCUCUGACUGUGGGAAGAGUUUCAGACAGUCAGGAGACCUUAAAAGACACCAACGAAUUCACACAGGAGAGAAACCAUAUCUCUGCUCUGACUGUGGUAAGAGUUUCAGACAGUCAGGAGACCUGAAAAAACACCAGCGAAUUCACACAGGUGAGAAACCGCAUCGCUGCGCUAACUAUGGGAAGAGUUUCAGUCAGUCCACAGCCUUGUUUCACACAAGCAAAUUCACACAGGAGAAACUGUGCUGCUGCUCUGACAGAGAUCACUUUUCAGAGCAAGACAGCUUUGCGUAGCGCAAUGUAGUGAUUACGCUGUGACUUGUGUAAAUUGCAUAAACCAGAUUAAUGCUGGAGUCUCCUGUGGUUUCUCAGGCUGCUGUGGCAAAUAAAUUUGGCAUGUCAACAUCACGUUUUGUGCCAUGAUGUGAUUUCAUUCCUUUUCAUUUCAUUCAUAAAUAAAAAAACAGUUAUUUCAUUGCAAUGUCACAAGAGGCUUCUCUUCUGUCAGGCUGUAAAUGCAGUCAGUGCCCGGGAGCGCGAAUAUGCAGAAAGGAAACUAUUCCGCAACUUAGUUGAUAUACGAGUCCGGAGAAAUCGAUAACUCAGUGUGGUAAAUGAGUUUCAGGGUUCAGCAUUUCAACUUAAUUAAUCUGAAAAUAAAUAAAUUUAUUGGAACGAGUAUCCUGACCCCGGUAUAUAGCAUCCCAGAGGCAAGAUUGCACCGUCCUGGCAAUCGCCUGGAUGAUUAGUCUUGUAAAUUCAUCACGAUUUUAGAACUAAUUAAAUAAUAAUGUCUUAGGACUGUAUUUUGACAUGAAUGACUGAAUAUUGCGUGACGUGUAGCUUUGCACUGUGCAUUAGUCAUGCUUUUAUUUUAGCCUGCUUUUGUAAACUGACCCAAUUAAUAGACGUUUAGCAAACAUGUGUAUUGAUCUUAGGUACAGAGAGGCAUACAGGUUUUAUCCCUCUUUCUUGCUCUUUUACAGUAGUUUACACUCUGACAAAUUACAAAUGAAAACGUAGCUUAGCUACGACUAUUAAUGGAUUAAUCUACCGUAACAGAGCACAAAAUAUAAAAUGCAGUCUGGUAAUUCAAAUAAACACGGGGUGAGGUGGUUCUGUAGAGUUUGCAGUGGAUUUGUUUACCUUUAGUACAGAUCCAUACCGGUGCAACAGAUGCUUUGAAACAAAUUUUCUUUUUUUUUUUCUUCAUAAUGAAAUGCUGCUGUGUUGUAGAUACUGUAUCUUGUUAAGGGACCUUCAUAUUAUGAGGAGGCUUUACUACUACUUACUACUACUAAUACUACUACUACUACAUUCGCUAUCCUACAUUCAUAUUUCCUGCACACAUACCAUCCACUGAACAGAAUGUGUGCAUUAAUAAACAAAGGGCAUGUGUUUUGGUUAUUUUUUUCUUUUCUUUCUUUAUCUUGUUCAGAAUUUUACUUAGAGUUGUUAUCUCUUCCCCCAUAUUUUCC